GGCCGGAGAGCUCAGACACUCUCUAGGAAGCUGGAGGGGGAGGAGAACAGUGGAGAGGCAGAAGGAGGGAUUUGUCCUCAUGUUCACUUUUCUACAGACUGGCUUCACACAUCCUCCGUCAGAGGAAACGCCAACUGAGACACUUCUUCUGCCACAGUGGAUGAUCCUGAGAGGAAACCAUGCUACCAAUGGGCCUUCAUCUGAUUAGUCUGUGUGUGGUGUUCUGCAUCAGCCGCAGCUUGGCCACACCUCUACCUCUUUACAGCAUUCAAGAAGGAAGUACUGAUGAGGAAGAUCUCAGUAUCUUUACUUCCUCUCUGCCCACCAGCAACCUUUCCUCUGAGUACGAAACCACACCUGUUGGCCCCACCCAUGUGAAAACUGACUUUCUGAUUCAAGUUGUGGACUUUAUGGAGGAGAACAUGCUCCUUAUCCUUGUUGCAGGCUUUUUCAUCCUUCUUCUCUUCCUUCUUAUCUGUGGGGCAGUAUUCAUGAGCCGCAGGCGCAAAGUCAAUGCCUACUAUCCUUCCUCUUUCCCCUCAAAAAUGUACGUGGACCACAGAGACAAAACUGGAGGUACUAAACUCUUUAAUGAGGUGCCAGAAAAACCCGCUCCUGAGCAGGAGAGUGAGCCAGUGGACUCUCACAAGCAGCUGCAUGCAGACAUUAUGAGGGCUGCCAAGAGGCUGCGCACACCUAAUAAAUGUGUUGAUGCUGCAGAGGGAAGUGAUCACAGUCAGAAAGUAUCAGACCACAGUCCUGAGGAGAGCUCUCAACCAGAUGGCAGCAUCCUGGACCAGCAGCUCCCAAGCGUCCCUCAGGAAAAGGAUCCAUGUGGGCUUUCUGACAGUGAAGCAGCUGCAGGAGGAAGCCUUGAGCUGAACCCUCCAGAGGAAGACGAUCCACAGGAGCCUUUGACCGGCAGGAGUCUGCGGCCCCCCUCUCUGCAUAUUCACAAUGACUCUGCUACACUUCAGCUGAUCGCAGGAGAGAAAACUGCAUUCUAACUAUACUGAACACUCUGACCUUUUUUUUUACACUUUGAAUACAUGAGUAGCAAUUUGUGCAGCAAAACGCUUCUAAGAUUUAUCAAGGAAAUGCAGAAAGGUUUGCUUAACUUCAAUCCUAGGUGUUUUUUUGCAACGUUUAUAUUUAAUGCAAGGAAAUGCAUGCAGCAACCUGGAUGUGUCUUUCAUACCAUAGCAUAAACAUGUCUUGAAUAACCUGAUACAACAUCUGGUAGAACACACAUUUCUUAUAUGGGAAGUUUAUGGACAGCUUGCAGAGUGUGCAUCUAAUUCCUUUAACAUUCCUCUAUAGAGGCCACUUCAGUAAACAUUGUGUGGCAUGGUCCCAUGU